GCUGACAUUUUUGGACCUUCAGACCGGUAUUCGGCCAACCAUUCAUCUACUCCAUCCCAGACUCGUACUAUGUCGAUGGACGAGGUUCGUAUCCCAUCGAGCUCCAAAUCAGCAAUGGCUACAUCUAUACUGUUAUGAUGAGUGAUGCCAAUGGUAUCGGUACCGGAGGUACAUCCGAAGCAUCCAUCGUCCAACCCCUCCUCAACACCACCUCCACCUCCCCCAACACCACAACCUCCCCCUCCCCCUCCUCCUGUCUCCGCUCAGCCUCAAUCAACGCCACCUCCCUCGACUUUACCUUCUCCCUCUCCGGCUCCGCUGCCCAGUGCCAGCCCGGGCUCGAAAUCACCUGGACCGGCGGCUCCGAGACUGCCGAGACUGCCGAGAUGGCACCUUACAACUACACUCUCGUGCCUUUGGAUAAAGGGUUCAUGAGCUGGACUGUAAAAGUGCCCGGGGACGGGGAGGGGGAAUGGGAGGGGGAAGGGUGGUUGGAUGAUUGGGUUGUGAAUAUGACGGCUGGCACGAGGUUUACCAUGAUCAUGUCCUCUGCAAAAGGCUACGGCCGAGGCGGCGUAUCCGGCGCCUACGAAAUCUCCCCCUCCCCUACCACCUCCUCCAACGACACAGAAACAGACACAUCAUGCAACCUCCUCCAACCGCCCCUCCCAACAGGCUCCUGGCCCGCCUCAGCACUCCUCAACACCCUCCCCACCGCUUCCCUCUCUUCCAACUCUCCCUCCACAUCUUCCCCCGACUCGGCCGCUGCAGCUCGCCGCCGAGCCACCGCGGGCAGGAUCGCAGGCACGGUAGUAGGCGUUUUGCUCGGUAUCGUGCUGUGUCUCUUAGGCGGGUGGGUUUGGAGGAGGAGGAGGGUGAGAAGAAAGUUGGGCCCGAGGGUGGGGGGUGAGAAGGGGUCGGUGGACUUGUCGCCUGAGGCUUCUCCGAGGCAGGGGCAGAUGGUUGCGCGUCCUGUCCCUGUUUCGUCGCUCUCAAGGGAAGAGGAGCAAGAGCCAGAGACGGGUGUGUCGUUCUUCCCUGCUGUUCACCCCGGCUCAGGGAGUGGGGGGCGGAUCGAACCGUAUCCUCUCGAUCUGGGUGCGAUCAACUCUGGGCGUUCCUCGCCGAGAGAACGGAGAGCACGGGGAAGGGGACAAGGGGAAGCAGAGCAACAAGAGAGGGAGUCGUUGGUUAGUAGUGCUGGGAGUGUCGCUGCGAGUGGGGCGCCGACGGCUGGGUUGGACCUCGAGUGGGAGGAGGAAGCGAUCGCAACCGCGACCGCGACCGGGACGGGGACGUCGGAUACGAAACCCCCUAAACCAUCAUCACACCGUCCGCCCCCGUCACAACCACCACCUAAAAGCACCACCUCUCUACUUUCGACCCCUCGCCCGCCUUCUUUUGCUCCCCGACGCCAAUCACCAGCUCCAUCUCCAACCCCAUUGUCGUCCGCGAUUCUGGGUAGUAGUGGGCGCGAAGAGGAGGAGGAAGAGGGAGAGGAAGAGGGAGAGGAAGAGGAAGGGGCAAAAGUAGCAGUAGCAGCAUCAUACUCGUGGGCACCCGUUUCUCCAGGCGGUAUGCACCUCACAAACCCCGACACCUCCACCCCCCUCGCCCCACCACCACCUACCAGAGGUCACCCCCGCCCGCGUCCAUCAUUACCACCUCCACCACCUGCAGCACCAACGGGCGAACCGACAUACCGCCGACACGCCGAUGCCGGCCCCGUACCCGACAGUCAACUCUCCCCCUCCUCCGAGAGAGGUAGACAAGGCGAGGUCGUCGAUCUACCGCCGCUGUAUAGUGAAGUGCCGAGGGAUGGCGAGUAUUCUUGAUACUAUGCGUGGAUGACCGUUUUUGUGUGGUCCUUUUUUGUGCGCUUGAUUUUGCUUGGUUGAUUGGUUGGUUGGGUGACAUACAUGUAGUACGGAG